AUGUCGGUAGAGAAAGAGCGAGAAAUCAAGCCCGUCUCGCUCUUCGACAGCAGCGACGAGCCUAUCGAACCGGACGGCGCCGAUGUUCGCAAGCGCAACGUCGCCUAUUAUUUUCACAAAGAUGUCGGUCAUUUUCACUAUGGUAAGCGAACAUUUCCGCGUGAUCCUAGUAUAUUUUCGUGAAAAACGUGUAAAGUCCACGUGGAAUGGUAGGUCACGUAAAAUUUUACACGAGUACACCUCACCUUUAAAAGGUUCACCUGAAAAUUUGUGGAUUUUCACGUGAAAAUAACAAAUUAUCCAGGACAACUGCAUCCGAUGAAACCGCAACGUUUGGCGGUUUGCAACGACCUCGUCGUCUCCUACGAAAUGCCCAAAUACAUGACGGUCGUCGAGUCGCCGAAACUGGAAGCCGACGAUAUUUCCGUAUUUCACACUUUGGACUACGUGAAAUUCCUCAAAACGGUGACGCCAAAACAGGCAAUGAGCUAUCCGGAAGAGGUGCUCAAAAAGUUCAACAUCGGCGAGGACUGUCCGAUUUUCCCGGGCAUCUGGGACUAUUGUACACUCUACGCGGGCGGUUCGGUGGAAGGUGCCCGACGACUCAACCACAAAGUCAACGACAUUGUUAUCAACUGGCCGGGCGGUCUGCACCACGCGAAAAAGUCUGAAGCUUCCGGCUUUUGCUACGUCAACGACAUCGUUCUGGGCAUUCUGGAACUGCUCAAAUACCACAAGCGAGUACUGUACAUCGAUAUCGAUAUCCAUCACGGAGACGGCGUCCAGGAGGCGUUCAAUAACUCCGAUCGGGUCAUGACCGUCUCGUUUCAUCGCUUCGGAAACUUCUUCCCCGGAACCGGAAGCAUUAUGGACAAGGGAUCCGGUCCCGGCAGGUACUUCGCCAUCAACGUGCCGCUUCUCGCCGCAAUCCGCGACGAACCGUACAUUAAUCUGUUCGAGAGCAUCAUCCAGAGUGUCAAUGAGAACUUCGAUCCGGAAGCCAUUGUGCUCCAAUGCGGUUCCGAUUCGCUUUGCGAAGAUCGUCUCGGACAAUUUGCACUUUCGUAACCUCCUCAAAGUUUCACGCGGAAAACAAAGUGACCUUUUUUCCAGCUUCAACGCUCACGCGCGGGCCGUGAAAUACGUGAAGGCGCUGGGAAAACCGCUGAUGGUGCUCGGCGGCGGCGGCUACACUCUCCGCAACGUGGCCCGCUGCUGGGCCCUCGAGACUGGCGUCAUUCUGGGCCUCCGAAUGGGCGACGAGAUUCCGGGAACUUCGCUGUACUCGCACUACUUCACGCCCCGUCUCCUCCGACCCAAUCUGGUCACGAAACUGACGGAUAUGAACUCGCCAAGCUACUUACAUUCAGUCGAGCAGGAGACUUUGCAGGUGGGAGAACAAAGCUAGGAAAACUGGAAAAUGUGAAAUUGCAGUGUCUUCGAAUGAUCCGAGGAGCUCCGUCUGUUCAAAUGCAAGAAAUUGUGGGCAUUCGACUCGAGGAAAUCGAACGAAUUGAGCAGAACGAAAGGAUGCAACGCGCGAAAAAGUCAUCGAUGGAGGAGGAAGUGGAGAAAGCGGCGGAGCAAAUGGAAGAGGGCUGUUAUGUGGAAGAGCCGGCGGCCGGGAGCUCCGGUGUCGCGUUCCCCGCCGCACAAGACCCCCGACGGAUCGGACAAUAUUGGGGAUAUUCUGGAGAUUUGGCACCGCCCAGAAGUCGCUCAGACGUGGUAGAAGAGGAGAAGCACGAUGAGCAGGAGCGACGGAAAAAUCUCAAUUUAACUGGCGUCCCGUGA